AUCAGUUCAGGUCAGUUCAGUGCAGUUUAGUGCAGUGCCGGCUGGUUGUUCUUGGAGCAGCCGCAGCGAUACUACCCGAGGAGGAGAAGGAGGAGUAAACAGGAACUACAACCCGCGACACGAGCUCUUGCACAGCUCGUAAAGCACAUUUAACUCAGCUGGUGUGCAAAAGUCAGUCGGAUAUCUACCUCGGAAUAUUAGCAUUCUGUUCUCCACGUUCAAGAACUUUGCUAUCUACGUCGUGUAAGAAGACAAACUACGAGGGACCAUGGCUUUUCUGGGGAGCACAGUCCGAUGUGCGGUGUUGUUGGUGCGCCCCCCUGUGUCCUCUCUGUGCCGGAUAAGUGCUCGGGCCUACAGCUCAACGCCCACCCAGGAAAAAAGUGUACCCUAUGAGAAGACUCUCAAACAGGGCAAUGGAGCAGCAUCUGGUCCCACCAAACCCUUACCCAAGUCAGCCAACGUGGUGGUGAUUGGAGGAGGCAGUCUGGGUUGUCAGACUGUCUACCACCUGGCAAAAAUGGGCAUGAGGGACGUAGUUCUGCUGGAGAGAGACAGACUGACUGCAGGCACCACCUGGCACACUGCAGGUCUGCUGUGGCAGCUUCGUCCAAGUGAUGUUGAGGUAGAACUUUUGGCCCACACCAGGAAUGUGAUCAGCAAAGACCUGGAGGAGGAGACAGGUCUCCACACAGGCUGGAUCCAGAAUGGAGGACUCUUUAUAGCCUCCAACAAGCAGAGGCUGGACGAGUAUAAGCGCCUCAUGUCGCUGGGUAAAGUGUACGGCAUUGAGUCCCAUGUCCUGUCACCUGCUGAGACCAAGGACCUGUAUCCUCUGAUGAAUGUUAAUGAUCUGUAUGGAACAUUGUACGUGCCAAAGGACGGUACUAUGGACCCAGCAGGAACCUGUACCACUUUAGCCAGAGCAGCAACUGCCAGAGGAGCCACGGUGAUUGAGAACUGUCCUGUGACUGGAGUUAAAGUAAGAGAAGACGACCUCGGGGUGAGGCGGGUGAAGGCGGUGGAGACACCCCACGGAACUAUUGAGACACCGUGUGUAGUAAACUGUGCAGGUGUGUGGGCCACCAAACUGGGUGAGAUGGCAGGAGUCAAGGUUCCGCUCAUUGCCAUGCAUCACGCCUAUGUGGUGACAGAGAGAAUUGAAGGCAUACAGAACAUGCCUAAUGUCAGGGACCAUGAUGCAUCAGUGUAUCUGCGGCUGCAGGGUGAUGCCCUGUCUGUGGGCGGCUACGAACAGAACCCAGUCUUCUGGGAUGAGGUGUCUGAUAAGUUUGCCUUCAGCCUGUUUGAUCUGGACUGGGAUGUUUUUAUGCAACACAUUGAGGGAGCAGUGAACAGAGUUCCCUGUCUGGAGCAGACUGGUAUUAAGUCCACUGUCUGUGGUCCAGAGUCCUUCACAGCAGACCACAAGCCUCUGAUGGGAGAAGCUCCAGAGGUCAGGGGUUUCUUCUUGGGAUGUGGCUUCAACAGUGCUGGUAUGAUGCUGGGAGGAGGCUGUGGUAAAGAGCUGGCUCACUGGAUCAUUCACGGUCGACCUGAAAAGGACAUGUACGGAUAUGACAUCAGGCGUUUCCAUCACUCACUGACCGACAACAACCGGUGGAUAAGAGAGAGGAGUCAUGAAUCCUAUGCCAAAAACUACUCUGUUGUGUUUCCUUUUGAUGAACCUCUGGCCAGUCGGAACAUGAGAAAGGAUCCUUUCCACCAGGUGCUGACGGAGCAGGGCUGCGUGUUCCAGGAAAGACACGGCUGGGAGAGACCAGGCUGGUUCAACACAGAUGGACCGGCUCCUGUUAAAGACUACGAUUACUAUGGUGCUUAUGACACCCAGAAGAAUGAAAAUUACAAAUAUAAUCAACUGCUGGGGGAGGAGUAUACCUUUGACUUCCCUCCACAUCACAACGUGAUUAAGGAGGAGUGUCUGUCAUGUCGACAUGGCGUGGCUGUGUUUGACAUGUCCUACUUUGGAAAGUUUUAUCUCACUGGACCAGAUGCCAAGAAGGCGGCCGAUUGGCUGUUCACUGCAGAUGUCAACAAGAAACCAGGCUCCACUGUUUACACCUGCAUGCUGAAUAAAAGAGGAGGAGCAGAGUCUGACCUGACAGUGAGCAGACUGGAGCCUGGAGCUGUUAACCUACCACUAGCACCAGAAUCCAACGGUGACGCCUACUAUCUGGCCAUCGGAGGUGGUGUCGCAGAACACAACUGGAACCACAUCAGAACGGUUCUCCAGGACCAAGGUUUCCGGUGUGAACUCACUGACCAUUCAGAGGACAUGGGGAUGAUCAGCAUCCAAGGACCAAAAAGCCGAGAGGUUCUUCAGGAGGUUCUGGACACAGACCUGAGCAACGAAAGUUUCCCAUUCUCCACACACAAAGUUGUCAACGCGGCAGGACAUCAGCAGAGUGUCGUCGGGUACAGACAUUGGCACGCUGACCUCCGCCCUGAUGACACGCCCCUGGAGGCGGGGCUUGCCUUCACCUGUAAACUAAAGAGCUCCAUCCCCUUCCAGGGACGUGAUAGGCUGGAGAAACAGAAGGAGGAGGGACUGAAGAGGCGAAUUGUCUGUUUCACUAUUGACGAGAAAGUACCAAUGUUUGGUCUGGAGGCCAUUUUCCGUAACGGAGUUCCUGUUGGACAUUUACGACGUUCAGACUACGGAUUCUUUAUAGACAAAACUAUUGGCUAUGGAUACAUCCGCAACCCUGACGGAGGAGUGGUGAGUCCUGAUUUCAUCAAGAGUGGUGAGUUCACCCUGGAAAGGAUGGGCGUGUCCUACAAGGCCAAGGCUCACCUCAAAACCCCCUUUGACCCUGAGAAUAAGCGAGUGAAGGGCAUCUAUUCCUGAGGAGCUCAAACAUAAAGACUGUCUUAUUAAAAGCUUGUGGUAACAGCCACGCCACAUUUCAUUUAAUUCUUCUCUCUCUCUCUUAAAAUCUGAGCCCGAAGUCAAGUUGAAUGUUUUUAAGGUAUUUUCAAAGUUCUUAGCAAAGUUCUUAGUUAGUGUUUUAGCCAGUCGAUCCUGAUUGGAUGUUAAAAUUCUGUCUGCUCUCAGUCCUUCAUGUUAUUCUUACAGCGCCACCUGCAGGUUAUUCCCACUUCUCUACUUUCACCACAUUUUGCAUUGCUACAGACUUCUCUCAAUAGAUUUCUCCUCCUCGGAUCCAAGCUACAGUAGUAUCAUGUAAUAACACCACACCACACAAAACAUCUUUUUUUUUACCUGCCAUAACACGUGGUGUAGCGCCGGCAAAUGUAAAGAGUCAUCGUUCUCGUUGGAGUAUGGGAUCAAUGUUCUAUUGCUGAUGCUCUUCAUAGAAAUGUCAAAGGUACACAUAGACAUUUGCACUGGUCAGAGAGUGAAGAGAAAGGAAACAGCCUCCUUUCACAUGUUCUUCUAAAGAUCCGCAAAUACGUGGCUUGCGGUUUACAAAAUGGGCUGGUGGUUAUUUGAAAGCCACUGGUCUUUGGGUAUAUUUUGUAGUAUUUUAUUCAUUCCCUAAAAGAAAUAACUCCUUGCACAUACUUCCCAUACAGUAUGUGAGCACUCCAGUGAUUAGGAAUUCGAACCAGCAGUCAUGCUAUUAAAGCCUGGUCUUGUAAUCACUAAAUCAUUAAAAAAGUUUAUAUACA